AGGUGAUGUCGGGAAGUUGCGUGACAAAGUGAAAUACAAAAAUGUACAUAAAUUAAUCUAAUAUUCCAGUAAAGGUGCUGUUUGAUAGUGACUCCUGCAAAGGAGUGUUUUGUGAAGCCAUGUUUUCCAAAGAAGUACUAAGUCUCAUUGUAAUUUUAGAAGCCUCCGCAUUCGCAACAGCCUUCAAGAAUGACACGAUCUUCCCGCCCAUUAUCCAAGGUGAUUGGUUUAGCUGGGAAGAUGGGCGGGGCAUAGACACCGAAAUCUUCCAGAACGAGAUAAGUGGGCGGGGCAAACCUGUGGAUCGACGUAUGAUUCGUCGAGAUAUCUACGAAUACGUCUUUGCCCACCAUUCAGGAUGUUAUAUCUGUUCCCGGUUCCUCAUCAGGUCUUGGAAUGUUAUGGACAGAUCAGAUAGUUUCUGCAUCACGCCCGAAUCCCGCAGCAGCGCGCCCACAGCAUCCAGCAUCUGCGGGUGGCUGGAUGACCAGACGGAGGGAUACGUGAUGUUCAGACAGGACCCUUCGCCCAUCAACUGCCGCCCGUCAAUCCAUGGGCUGUUUCACUUCGCUUGGCAGAACCGGUUUAGUUUCACAGGGGAAUGCAACCACCCUGGGGCUCUCCUGCGCUCGUGCCAGGAGCCAGGCACCCAGUUCCUCAUCUCGAACCAGAAGUUUGCCAUCAACUAUAAGAAAUGCCUAGGUAUUGGGGAAUCUUUUGAUGGACGAGUCGAAUUCUCGUGCCUCGGAAACUGGUACGUCGGCAAGAACCACUACUUCGCCGUCGUCAACACGAAGGAAUCUCGCAAGGAGGAGAAAUACAGGUGCUUCGUCAGGAACCGCGAGGAUGACCUUUACCUCGGCCACUCCCUUACUCCGGAGUGCUCUGUGCUGAAGACGCCGGAGAACAGCCCGGUUCGAUUCAGGCUUUCGUACGCCAAGCACGAGGAAGUGACUCCGGGUUGUCUCCUGCCUCGAAACAUGACAGGAAAAUGGAUCUCAACGGGCUCGGGAGAACCAGAAGUGACCAUCAACGCCACGCAUAUUUCGGAGUCAACUUGGAGGGGUUACAGCAUGAAGACGGCUCAUUACGUGUGUUUGCAGCAGAGGGGGAAUCGUUAUCUGACGGCGAAGCUGAGCGUGGAGGGAUGCCAAACGGAAUACGUGUGUUGGGAAUUCGUACCGAGACACCACAACAUCAUACGGUACAGAAGAAGCUGGGCCGUUAUUUAUUCCGAUUUCCAAGUGUGUGAUUAUGCAAAUUUCCGAAGCGGCCAGGAGUGGAAGUAUGAUACGCUGAUAGCGGACGCCCCUGACCCUAUCCCGUGUCCCUUCAGUGGCCGCUUUUCCUUCGGCCAGCGUGGCCCUUCGCCGCUCGAGCCACGGAUUCUUGGGGGGGUCACCUCCUCCCCCCUGGAUACUUACCGGUGCAACAGGAGGAUCACCGAAAUGGCUGUGUGUGACGAGGAGAGAAAGUGGAUCGUGAUUGAUACGGAUCGCUGUAUCACCCUCAAUAAGGAUGGCCACCCUGUUGAUUUUAAUAGCGUAAGUGACUACCGACUCCAGUGUGUAGGUUACUGGAAGGAAAACUUACUGUCUUAUCUGGUGACCUAUGACCCCUCCGACUCCGCUUCGAGGUUCAGGUGCUGGGUCUACCUACGCAUCGGCGAAACGAAACUACGUCUGUCACAGUCCGUCGGCGCUGCGUGUGGACUCAACCAGACUUUUCUCUCGUCGACUUACGAGGAGAGCGCGGCAGUUGCACUCAACCUCACCUUCGAAGAACGACUGUACGACCAGUGUCCUAUGUAUUACGACGACGGGAGCGACCCUUGGCGACCCACAGACAUCAUAAGAACAGUCUUUCGUUUCACUAGUCACAACCCAUCCGUCCAUGGCCCUCAGAUCCUUGCAUUUAUCCUCCCUGUGAUGACUCUGCUCAGGUAAAAUGACGGGAAAUCUCCAAGAAAUCAUCCGUUAUGGCUGUGACUCUCUAUUUGUCUUUUUUAUUACUUGUA